AUCAGGUACGCCAGGGCGGUUGGCAUUUCUCCACUGUUCCUCAGAGCCUAGAGGAGAAGCAAAUCCUUUGCCAAGGGCGAAAUGGCACCCUGCGCCGCGGAGGCCUGCUGGCAGUUCCUUUGAGCGCCUGGGUGCAGAGACAAAAGGGUCUGAUACCACGGGGCCGGAUCCCUCUGAACUGCCCGGGACUCUUGUGCGCCCCACCAGCAUCAAAGGAGCUCAGCUUUUGCAGCAUCAGGUGCUUCUUUCCACAGCUGCCAAGCUGCUGUGGGCAAGGUUGCGAGAAGCAGCUUUUGGGGCUUCAGAAAGAGCUGACGGGGCAGAGCAGCUGUGUGGGUGGUGGCAGCAGUCGCGUCUCCUCCCUCCUUCCUGCACUUGGGCGCCUCGCGGAGCCCACAGGCUUGCUUUUGGGGAACCGUCCGGGUGAGAGACUGUUCCCUCAGCAGCCCUUGAGGAUUUCCAGGGAAGAAGGGCAUUUCAGGCCUCCGGGGUUCGUGUUCUCUGAGGAGACACCGGGAGGACUCACGAGAAGCACCCCCUCUGGAGGAAAGAUGGUGAAGGAAACAGGGUACUAUGACCUGCUGGGCGUCAAGCCCUGCGCAACGAUGGAAGAGAUCAAGCGGGCAUACCGGCGGUUGGCGCUGAGAUACCAUCCAGACAAGAACCCCAGCGAGGGGGACCGGUUUAAGCAGAUCUCGCAGGCGUACGAAGUCCUCUCAGACCCCAACAAGAGGUCCCUCUACGACCGAGGCGGGGAACGGGCCAUGAAGGAGGGUGGUGUGGCUGGCCGAGGCGGCUUUGGGCCCCCAAUGGACAUCUUUGACUUGUUCUUUGGAGGAGGGGGCCGUGCUCAUGGCCCCCGGGUUGAAAGGAGAGGCAAAACAGCCGUCCACCUACUGCCCGUGACCCUGGAGGACCUGUACAAGGGAGCCACGCGGAAGCUGUCCCUGCAGAAGAACGUCAUCUGCAAGAGCUGCGCGGGCCGUGGCGGCAGGGAGGGCCUCGACAUAAGGUGCCCCAAGUGCCACGGCUCCGGCGUGGAGGUCAUUGUUCACCAGCUGGGGCCAAACGUGGUCCACCACAUCCAGGCCAUGUGCUCGCAGUGCCAGGGCCACGGAGAAUGGAUGCGGCCCCUCGACCGCUGCCUCGCCUGCAACGGCCGGAAGGUCAUCCGGGAAAAGAAGAUUCUCACCGUGCACCUGGACAAAGGCAUGGCCGACAGGCAGAAGAUCACCUUCCACCAGGAGGGGGACCAGGCGCCUGGCUUUGAGCCUGGAGACAUCGUGAUCGUCCUGGAUCAGAAGCAGCACCCCGUCUUCCAGCGCAGGGGCAACGACCUGAUUGUCCAGCGGGAAGUGCCACUGGUGGACGCCUUGUGUGGCUGCAAGCAGGUCAUCCAGACCCUGGACAACAGGAGGCUCCUGGUCUCUUCCCGGCCCGGGUGUGUGAUCAAGCCUGGAGACGUUCGGUGCAUCCCGAACGAAGGGAUGCCCGUCUACCGCAGCCCUGCCCAGAAGGGGAAGCUGGUCAUUCGCUUCGAGGUGAAAUUCCCGGACCCCGGCUGGCUGCCUGUGCACCAGCUCCGCCAGUUCCAGGCCUUCUUCCCCCACCGCGAAGAGGUCAUGGCCACCGAAGACAUGGAGGAGGUAGAACUGCGAGAGUAUUUCCCCCAGCCGGACUUCGGCAGGCGGUGCUUCCACAGCGACAUCUACCACGAAGACGACUUCGAGGAUCCCACGCGGCACAACGUCCAGUGCCAGACCUCGUAGCACGAUGGGUGGAGCCCCGCGUGGCCUUGUAGGGGCGGGCAAGCCCAGGAGGCGUUAAAAAAUGCCACAGCCAGGGGCUGUUCCAGCCAGAGCAGUCAAGGGCCAGGGAGUCCCUCCGGCCGCAAAAGGUGCUCUUUGGCCGCAGGCCCCCGGCCCUCCGGAGGUUGGCUGUGUCUACAGAUCCCUGUCUAGCUUAGGGAGCCUUAGGUCCCCCAAGGCCCCCCGGCAUUCUGGCCUAGAAAUCAACUUUGGAGCCUCACCCCAGGCGUCUUCCCCAUCCUGCCCAGCUGCUCUGCGCCUCCCUGGGUUUCGACGCUGAUUUCUUCCCAGGGGAACCGUAACUCCGAACGAGAAACGAAGUAUUCAGGCACCCACCUCCGUCCCCCGCCCCAUCUGCUCCAAGUUGGUUUCCCUCGUGUCCGUUUCUCUCGCGGUGCCUUGCAGGGUUAGUCCUGACCCUGGUUUUGCAACCUACGGGCAAGGAGCCCCGGAGGCCGCGGGAACGCAGCCCCCUCCCUGCUUUGGCUGACCCCUGGCGUCUGUUGAUGUCUCAGCCUUCCAGAUCUCGAAGUUUGACAAGGACAGGGGUCUUGCAGGCAAGCAAGGUGGUGACUGGUGGGCGGGGAGCUGGAUCCCGGCACGGAUUGGCGGCCCUGAGGGCAAGGCUCCUCCGUUGGGGAAGCCGCUCGGCUGUCUGUCUCCAGGUUGUAGGGCGUGGAGGCUCGUCUUCACGCUAAGUGCCUUCCUGUUCAUGCUGCUGAGCAGGGACUGCCCCCUCCUCUGUUUACAAUUCCAUUAGCAAUAAUAGCUGGCCUUCCCAGGUAGCGUAGUCGGUGUUUAGGUGGUGUUUAGGUGUUAGCAGUUUGUGGGCUCUCGGUAUCAUCCGGUUGCCGUCCAGACGGCCGGCCGGUCCUGCUUGCCCCAAGCCCCCGUCUGGCGUGUGGGGCAGGAGAGAAGAGAGUCGCACCUUUGUUUCCAAAGCCCCAGCGAGGCUUGGUGUCUGCUAAGGAAACCUUGGGGUCCGUUCCCCACCCCACGUUUUCCUUUUCCUCUUUUUUUCCCCCCCCCGCUUCUGCACUGCCUCUUUUCUGCAAACCCAACUCGGGACUUGGCAGAAACGCCAGGACAUUUGUGCUUCUGUGGGAGUCGAACAAGUCUCCAGGAUGGCCCUCAAAGGCCUGCAGAACUUAAGUUGGAAUUUGUUUCAAGAAAAAAAGGUGAUUCUC